AUGAUCCAACGUGUGUACAGGUCGCAUAUGUUGCGUCGGGCCUUCCAACGUUCUCGACACCACGUGCGCUUCACGUUCACGUCAUUGCAAGCGUUUGGUCAUGCUCGAAGCCGUCAGCAUUGGCGCAAUAUUGACUUAAGGAGACUGUCACGUGAGGAGCUGAGACUUCUAGCUCUGACACUCAAUUUACCGUCUACAGACCAACACGUGUUGGGUGGUGAUAUAGCGGCACAAGCUGCUGCUCGAGCUCUUGAGAACCGUCGAAAAGCUCAAGGUAGCGUCUUCUUCUAUGAAGCUCAUCCUGGAGCGGAUCUCGUUGACAUCCGGCCAUUGCGAGGUCACCACAUCACGAGCGUCGCAGCGGGCUCUGAAUCGGAUGCUGUAUAUGCGUUGGAUGGUGCUCGAGGUGCUGCGUGGUUGUGUCGGACGGGAGGGUUAGCGUCACAAGUUGGACUGUGCAGCCAGAUUCAUCGACGUGAUGAGUUCGAGUCGACACCAAGAGAAAGUCACUGGCUUGCUACGCCCGUCUUCUUGCAUACACUGCGAGCUGAACAUGUCGAACGCGUGUAUGUAGCACGAGGCCAUGCGAUGGCGCUGGCCAAGGCUGGUGAGCUGUUCAGCUGGGGCGACAACGCACACGGAGCGUUAGGUUUUCCAGCCGAAAAUGCAGCACAGGUAGCUCGAAACCGUGCGACGGUGGUCGGUGCACUCUCCAACUACCAAGCCGUGGCGGCUGCUGUUGGAGGACACCAUAGUAUCGCUGUCUGUGACCACGUUGCAGGCCACGAUGGCGUGGUCUUCUGUUGGGGCAGCAACUCACACGGCCAACUCGGUAUUAUCCCUUCAAGCUUUAAUAAACCCGCUGAUGCACCAGCCAAGCCUUCACCUACGACAUUUCCUCGUUCAGCCGUGAUGCACCAGGUCGCAGCACUUCGCUCCGUUUCAGUGCGUCAAGUGGCAUGUGGAGUGCUGCACUCGUUGGCGUUAACUUCAGACGGACAGGUGUUCUCUUGGGGCUGUAGCGAUGGCGGACGAUUGGGCCAAGGGCAAGAUACCAAGCGUAGUAGUGACAUCAGAGAGCCUGCUCUUGUGAAUGGAAUACUCGCGAACCUUGUCACUCUUACCAUUGCUUGUGGAGCCUGGCAAAGUGCAUGUAUCGCAGCAGAAGCUUCACAGGUUACAAGUGGCGCUGGUCGAGUCUAUACGUGGGGUACAGGUGUGUAUGGUCAGCUUGGUGUUGGGAAAGCACAAGUCGCGUACGAACCACAACCUGUACGUGUGCCACCGCGUGAACUGGACGACGAAGUGUUCGCUACACGUCUCGCAUGCGGAACACACCACACGGCUGUGUUGACAGUCGAUAACCGCAUCUUCACGUGGGGUAGUACACGUGCAUUCAAUGGCGUUCCAGCCGAAUUGCGCUUAUUAGGUGGCAAGCGCUUUGGACGCGUUGUGUCACUCGCUUGUGGACGUACAUUCACUGUAUUUAACACAGUGUCCCGAGACUCCGCUAGCUACGAGUGGCCUGAAGUACCACGUCUAUGGCGUGAUAAACCUGUCAUUAUACCGCGUCUGGAUCUCUCGCAAGUACCGACCUUGCCGUUGUGUACAUCGAACCCGUUGCCUCCGUUUAGCAAAGGCACGAAAGCUGUGAAGUUUUCUUGUGAACUCCCGUCGCUUGUGCGUCUUGAACCAUUCGCCGAUCGCCGCGCUCGAGAGGAAGAAGAAUUUCUUGAAGCCAAACGUAUUGACGAUAUUGACAUCGAAACAAUCGUCCACCCGUUGUGUCGACUGUGCUGGCGCUGCGAUGGAUUCCAACCUUCUCCUUUGCGCUUGUGGAUGUGCCGUAACUGUGCACAUGAACGUCAACUCCAUGGAACAAGAAAGCCUGGAGUUCCUAUGGGUGAAUACGAAGCUGUGCGCAAGCUCCAAUGUCUCUUUCGUGCACGACGUGCUCGACGGGUUCUACAACGUGCUCGUGAACAGCGGUACCAGAAAAUCUUCAGCAUUGAGCACAACGAGUUCUUCUACUACAACCUGUGGCAGGGCAAGAAAUCGUGGACUCGACCAAAAGAAAUCAGCGAAGGGUUCGAAGUCCCGAUCCGUGAUCCGGACGCUUCGCCGCGGAUAUUCCCUCCGCUCACACCUGUCGAAGCAGCUAUCAAACUGCAAGCAGUACGGCGAGGUCUUCAAGCUCGACGCUUAGUCUUAAACUUGCUGCGUGAUCGAUACGAAAAGCACUUUGAUUUAGAGAAGGAACGUGUGUAUUACGUGCGAAAAUUGGCAAGCAAAAAGGAGUCGCCGCCGAAGUUGUGGGAUCCGCCGCCAUUGCUCCGUAAGCGAUACGAUCUGGGUGAUCCUGUCGAGAUACAACGACUGGCCAAGUUCGCUACCAUGACGCACGAUGAAGCUGCUCGGAUCGUUCAGCACGCGUACCGAUGCCAUCGAGGUCGUGAGUUCAUGCGUCGUAUUCUGCGUUCGCGUAUCAAGAAACUCUGGGACGCAACGACCGGGAGGUUCUAUUACUACAACGCCACUACUAAGGAAUCGUCCUGGGAGAAACCCCGACUUCUGCUUAAUGAGGCCGACGACGAACUUGGAUCUACGACUGGUCAUCAUCAAAAACCAGCCCAGGGACGUCGACGAGUAGCAGUCACGUUGAGACCAGAGAAAUUCCACAACGAGGAAGCCGCCGCGCGCACGAUUCAAGCGUUGUACCGACGAUUCACAACGCGAAGUUGCCACGCAUCAGUGAGCGUGCUCGUCUCAAGCGACAUAAACGAAGACUACAGCGUCUUCGGCAAAUGUCACGCGAUGAAGCUGCUUCGCGUCUGCAGCGGAUGUGGCGAAUCCGUCGCGCCAGAGAAGAACUACGCGAAUUACUGUUCGACGCGUACGAGAAGAUCUACGACCCCACCACGGAACACUUCUACUACUACAACCGCAAGACUGGCGUCGCAAAGUGGGAAAAACCCGCUCUACUCGUAG